UUUUGGUUGGUCCCUGCCUUAGGCUGCCUCGCAUCCCUGCGCUACACAUAGCAGUGAUAAGAUUGCCAACCCUCGCAAAUCCCGUAGCUUGCCCUUCGGAAGCUUCGGCAGGACUGAUAUUUGCAACUUUGCGAGUGCAUUUCAUAAUCAUCCUUGCCGCCCCUGAGGAUCCAAAAAGAGUCAAGUUCUUGUCUUUCCUUUCCUCAAAUUUAGUGUGUAAGCGAGCUGUCCCCUCUCAUUCGGCAUGCCCUCGGAGAGUCGGAGCUCUUGAGACUUUCGGUCACGGGCCCCGGGGUUUCGUCGCCGAUUUUGAUGGAAGGCAAGGUAAAGUUGGUUUCCAAUGGAAGCCAAUCAUGAGUCGCGUGAGCAGUGUGGCUUGACCCUGCCGUCAGCCUCACCUCCUCGGCUUGCCUCGGGACAGGGUUUGGUCCCUCGGACUUCCACUGGCGAAUGUCGAGUCGGUUGCUCGAAAUUAAAUAGGUAUCUAGAGCUCAAGGAGUUGUUCUUUGCCUCUCACUGUCUCCUCCCUCUGCUGUCUCAUUACUUCGUUCGUUACUUUUUAUUCUUUGACGUAGAGAUGGCGCAAGAAAACCAUCUUGAGCUGGCUCCGGCUGAGCUCUGGAGACAUGCAAACCCCACCACAACCUCGAUGUGGAAAUUCAUGGAACAUGUGAAUUCAACAUAUGGACUUCAUAUCAGCGACUAUCUGGGACUUCAUAAUUGGUCAAUUGACAAUGUUGCCAACUUCUGGAAGGAAGUUUGGCACUUUGUCGGUGUCAAAUCCUCCCAGCCUUUCCGCGAGGUGUUGCCAGCGGGUAGUCCUAUGUUUCCAAGACCUGACUUCUUCGCUGGAGCUCGACUCAACUUUGCAGAGAAUAUCCUGUUUCCUGCGAAGACAGAGGUUAAGGAGUCUGCCAUUGCCGUCAUCACGGUGACGGAGCAGGAGGGGCAGAUAACAGAAACCACCUGGGGCGAGCUCAGAGAACAAGUCCGACUCUGCGCCAAUGCACUAAAAGCAGCUGGUGUGAGAAAGGAUGAUAUCGUGGCUGGCUUCUCUUCCAAUCAUGUGCAAACUCUCGUGGCAAUGCUCUCUGCGGCGUCUCUUGGUGCAAUCUGGACCGGAAUCUCUCCUGACAAUGGAACGAGCGCGGUCCUUGAUCGCCUUGCUCAAAUAGGACCCAAAGUCCUAUUUGCUGACAACGGAACUCUGUAUAACGGCAAACAGUGGUCCAGCACGAGCAAAACUUUACAGAUCGUCGACGAACUCAAGAAGCACGGCUUGAAGCUCGUUGUGGUGAUCAAUAAUAUUGAAGGCCUCGACAUGGGGUUGGAGGAGUUGGGAUCCAAGAACGUCAUUGCGGAGGAGUACGGGAGCUUCCUGAGCAGUUCGUCGGACGAACCCCUGGUAUUCGAGCAACUAUCGCCGUCCCACCCCCUCUAUAUCCUCUAUUCUAGUGGGACCACCGGUCUGCCGAAGGCUAUCGUUCAUUCAGCUGGAGGGACACUAAUUCAGCACAAGAAAGAGCACUAUUUGCACUGCAACCUGUCAUCUUCUUCCCGGCUCUUCUACUUUACGACGAUUUCAUGGAUGAUGCAUCAUUGGCUCGUCUCGGCCUUGGCCGUAGGCUCGUCUCUUGUACUGUACUCCGGAUCGCCGUUCAAGCCUCACUCCUUCAUGUCUAUGCCGAAGCUCAUGUCCUCGCUCCGAGUAACCCACUUCGGGACGUCGGCCGCUUACCUCAUGGCUCUUGAAGCAAACAACAUCUUGCCGAGCCAGGACAACUCUCUUGACCUUUCCGCCCUCGAAGCGAUCUACUCAACGGCCGCGCCCCUUCCGCCAUCCACCUUCUCCUUCGUAUACAAAGCGUUCCCAUCGACCAUCAAUCUCGGCUCCAUAACCGGCGGAACAGACAUCAUCUCCCUCUUCGGUGCUCCCUGCCCGAUCCUCCCAGUCCGCGUCGGGCAGAUCCAGUGCGCCGGUCUCGGCAUGGCCAUUGCCGUCGUAGACCCGGCCUCAGAUCCCACCAACCCGCGACCAGUGCCGCCCAACACCGCGGGCGACCUGGUGUGCACCCAGCCGUUCCCAUGCCAGCCCCUGACCUUCUUCGGUGCCGCCGGCGAGGAGAAGUAUCGCGCCGCCUACUUCGACCGCUUCCCUGGCCUGUGGCACCAUGGCGACUUCGUGCGGGUGGACCCGCUCACUGGCGGGCUGGUGAUGCUCGGCCGCAGCGACGGCGUGCUGAAGCCGGCCGGGGUCCGGUUCGGGAGCGCUGAGAUCUACAAUAUUCUGACCAAGUUCUUUGCCUCCGAGGUGGAGGAUGCCGUGUGCGUGGGCCGGAGAGGGGAGACCGACCGAGACGAGACGGUGUGUUUGUUCGUGGUCAUGUGUCCUGGGAAGACGUUUGAUGAUGGGCUGAGGGAGAGGGUCAAGGGGGUCAUCAGGAAGGAGCUCAGCCCGAGGCAUGUCCCAGGCGUGAUUGAAGAGUGUGGUGGAGGCAUCCCUAAGACGGGUAACGGAAAGAAGAUUGAGGUUGCUGUCAAACAGAUCCUCUCAGGCAUGGACGUCAAGACGAAUGCCAGCGUCGCGAAUCCGGAAGCGUUGGACUGGUUCAGGCAAUGGGCCAAGCUGCACAGCUAAUACGGGCAUACCUUGGACUGAGAUGACUCGAGCCGAUAUGGGCGGCUAUGUCCGCUGCAGAGGUUCAUGGUGCGAAACAUCUUGAAGCUCCACAGAGGCUUAGACUAUAGAUAGGAGACCUUCUAGAAAGUCACAGAGGGUGAAGGAUAAUGGCCAAUUCUCGAACUAUAUUCACUUAAUAGACCAUUGCAAUACUGUAGAAUGGAAACUGAGAAAAGUCGAA